ACUACAAUGAGUCUAAUGACAAAAAGAAUUAUAAAAGAGCUUGAAUAGCUUAGAAAUGAUCCACCAUAAUCAUUUGUUGCUUAAUGCAUAAAUAACAAUCUUUAUGAAUGGCAUUUCACAAUAAGAGGUCCAGAAGAUUCAGACUAUUCAGAAGGAAUAUAUCAUGGAAAAAUAGAAUUACCAGUUGAUUAUCCAAUAAAACCUCCAAACAUUUUUUUUCUUACUCCAAAUGGUAGAUUUGAAGUUAAAACAAAAAUAUGUUUAAAUAUAACAAAAUUUCAUCCUGAAAAUUGGAAUCCUAGUUGGACAAGUAAGUUUAUUUAUAUUAAUUAAUUUGUUUAGUCAGGACUAUGAUUGAAGGAAUCAUUUAACAUUUUCAUGUAAAAGACUUUGCAGUUGGUUCAAUUCAAUAUACAUCAAAUCAAAUAAAAUCAUUAGCUUUAGGAAGUCAUAAAUGGGAAUGCGAUAUUUGUGGUCCUAUUGUAAAAUUAAUAGCACCAAAAGUGAAAUAAUAAAAGAAUGAAGAGUAGUCUUAGUUUAAGAAGGAUGAUCAUUAAUAAGAGAGAAAAGAAGAUUAAAAGAUUAAUAAUUAAAGUGAAUAGAUAAAAGAUGCUAUUUAAUAAUAAUAAAAUUAAAACAAUAAAUAAGUAGAGUAAAAAUAGAAAAGAGAAAGUGAAAAGUAGAAAGAAGCAUAAAGGAAUGAUUUAUCAGAUGAAGAAUAAGAAAUUCUAAUGAAUAAAAAGUAAACAGCUGAAUUUGAAAGAUUACUUUGGAAAGCAAUGAAUCCAGACUUUUUAUAAUAAGCUAAUAUAAGAAUUUAACAUUAAUAAAUAGAGAGUUUUCAUCCUUAAUAAUUAUAAUAUUUUGAUUAAGGUAAUAUUAUUUAAUAUAUUAAUCAGUUUAUAAAAUGAUGGAAGAAGAAGAGAAGGUUUAAUAAAGUUUGUUACUCAAUAAACCACAAGAAUAAGAAACAAAUAAGAGAGAAAAUGAGAUAGCAAAAGAAUAGGAAUAAAUAAAUAAAAUAAAUAAGUACUCAUCUUAAAUUAUGUUAAUAAAUAUAAUUUUGUUAAGUUUAAUAUUUGGAAUAGUAUUUAUAAAUUUUGGAGAAUUUAUUGAAUAGAGAACAAAAGAAUGGUUGUUAGUUAAUUGA